AUGUACCUGGAUGAAAUGCAGAUCUACUGCCAGGAGAUUGCUCCAGAAUCCAGCGUCGCAGCCAUGCUGGCACCAUCGCAUUUGCGAGAAAAAUGUCGGGAGGAAGCUUCCGAAAUCGUAAACAAACACCACUCUGUAAUAGCGUCUGAUAAACGACCUUGCGAGAACGACUAUAUCUUUCAGUACAGAAAAGUUUACAACCUAAGGGUCAUAAGAGUGUUCUGUUACCACUCGCUGGAGAAGGCAAAAUAG